AUGUUCCCACCCUCCAGGUACUCAAGCGAUAUCUAUGAUCGCAUAUGGAGAUCGUACUUUCUGAUGGAAAAUUGGACCCAGAUUUCCACUGCUCUCGAUGUGGUCAAUUCCAACAAAUAUGCUAUACCGAAAGAUGUACUAAAAAAUGCUGCCACGCCUACAAAUGCCAGUGCACCAUUGACGAUGGAAUGGAUUUCCAAAAAUCCUGAGGCUCAAUACUAUUAUUACGCACACUUUGCUGAGAUCCAAGACUUGCAGUCCAAUGAAACCAGGGAAUUCAACGUGCUAUGGAAUGGAGUACAUCAGUCUGGCCCAUUUAGUCCAAGAAUGCGAAUGAUAGAUACUAUCUCUAGCAACUCACCGCAAAUUUGCACUGGAGGGAAAUGCAUUUUCCAGUUGAUAAGAACCAAUAGAUCAACUCUUCCACCUCUACUUAAUGCUCUUGAAGUCUACAAAGUUGUUCAGUUUACACAGUCUGAAACUGAUGAAAGCGAUGUGGGUGCUAUAAAAAACAUAGCAACCACCUAUGCAUUGAAUCGAAUCAGCUGGCAAGGUGAUCCAUGCGUCCCUCGACAGUUUAGGUGGGACGGUUUAAACUGCACCAACGCGGAUAUGUCCAUGCCCCCAAGAAUCACUACUUUAAACUUAUCUUCAAGUGGUUUAACUGGAACCAUAGCUGAUGCCAUUCAAAGUCUUACGCAACUAGAAACAAUGGACUUGUCCAAAAAUAAUUUGACUGGAGAGCUGCCGGACUUUCUAGGCAACAUGAAAUCGUUGUCAGUCAUAAACUUAAGCGGGAACAAUCUCAGUGGUCCAAUUCCGCAAGCUCUUCAAAGGGAAGGACUAAAGCUAUUAAGAUUCACAUAUUCAGAGGUUAUACAAAUGACAAAUAACUUCCAAAGAGUUUUAGGCAAAGGAGGAUUUGGCAUGGUGUAUCAUGGUACUGUAAACGGUUCUGAUCAGGUGGCUGUUAAAGUAUUCUCUCAAUCUUCAGCUCAAGGUUAUAAAGAAUUCAAAGCAGAGGUUGAUGUUCUUGUGAGAGUUCACCAUACAAAUUUGGUGAUCCUCGUUGGGUAUUGCUAUGAAGGCGAUCACUUGGCCCUCGUUUAUGAGUUUCUUCCCAAUGGAGACUUGAAACAACAUUUGUCAGGAAAAAGAGGUAGACCCAUCAUCAACUGGAGUGUCAGACUACAAAUAGCUUUGGAUACAGCACUAGGUUCAUCUUACCAAAGUAGAGGUAAAACUCAAGAGUCAACGGUGAUUGCUGGUACUAUUGGAUACCUUGAUCCCGAGUAUUACCGUACAGGUCGGUUAGCUGAGAAGAGUGAUGUCUAUAGUUACGGGGUCGUUUUAUUGGAGAUGAUCACAAACCAACCUGUUAUCUCUAAAGAGUAUCACAUAGUAGAAUGGGUUAGCGCUACGCUUAACCAAGGUGAUAUAAACGAGAUCAUGGAUCCAAACCUCGGUGGGUUUUAUGAAUCUAAUUCUGCGUGGAGAGCUCUUGAGUUGGCAAUGUCAUGCGCUGAUCCUAUUUCCUCAAAACGACCAACCAUGUCUCAGGUUAUUAUCGAGCUAAAAGAGUGUAUUGCUUGUGAGAACUUAAGGAUGAGUACCAGUCCAGGCUCAGAUUCCCCACUGAUAAUCAACUGGACUUCGAGUAAUGUUGAUAACCAAUAUUACAUGUAUGCACACUUCGCUGAGAUCCAGGAGUUACGGACCAACGAUACCAGGGAAUUCAACAUGACUUGGAAUGGAGAACACUAUUUUGGUCCAUUUACUCCGCCAAAAUUUAAAUUAUUUACUGCUUAUAGCCCGUCAGGGAUAGGCUGCAAAGGAGGGCAAUGCAGUAUUCAGCUGACGAGAACCAAAAGAUCAACUCUUCCACCUCUGCUUAAUGCUCUUGAGAUCUACACAGUUAUCCAUUUUCCGCAGUCUGAAACAAAUGAAAGGUUCAUAAGUUUGGAUUGUGGGCUACCUGCGAAUGAACUGUCUCCUUAUAAGGAGGCUAGUACUGGACUGUGGUUCUCGUCCGACGAAAAUUUUAUACAGAGCGGAAAAAAUGGUCGAGUGCAAGCAAACCGAGAGAGCAAAUUGAAGAAGCUAUACAGAACGUUGAGAUAUUUCCCAAAUGGAACACGAAACUGUUACAACUUACGUGUGGAGAAGGGCAGAAAUCAUUUGAUCAGGGCUUUCUUUAUAUAUGCAAAUUAUGAUGGUUUUGAUAUUAACCCCAAUUUUGAUCUGUAUCUUGGACCUAAUUUGUGGGGCACGAUAGAUUUGGAAGAACAAGUGAAUGGUAGUCUGGCCGAGAUUUUGCACAUUCCAAUAUCAAACUCGUUGCAGAUUUGUCUGGUUAAGACAGGGAGGACUACUCCGUUCAUAUCCACCUUGGAGAUACGGCCAAUGGGAGAUGAUAGUUAUAUCACUGAUUCUGGUUCCCUCAAACUUUUCUUUCGGAGAUAUCUUAGUGAGUCAGACACUUAUAUAAGAUACCCGAGGGAUAUCUACGAUCGUAUAUGGGUUUCGGACUUCAGAAACGAAUGGACCCAGAUUUCCACCACUCUCCAAGUGAACAAUUCAAACAGUGGUUAUGCUCCACCAAAAGCCGCACUCACAACUGCAGCAACACCUACUAAUUCCAGUGCGCCACUGACCAUCCAAUGGAACUCGAGUAACGUUAAUAACCAAUAUUACUUCUACAGACACUUCGCUGAGAUCCAAGAGUUGCAGAAAAAAGAUAUCAGGGAGUUCAACAUAGCUUGGAAUGGAGAAGUCAUAUUACCCCAAUUCGUUCCUCCAAAAUUUAGGGCAGAUACUGUCUUUGAACGGACACCAAGAACUUGCGCAGGAGGGCAAUGCAGUCUCCAACUGAUUAAAACUAACAGAUCAACUCUUCCACCUCUGCUUAACGCUCUUGAGGUCUACACAGUUAUCCAAUUUAUGCAGUCUGAAACAAAGGAAACCGACGUGAUUGCUGUUCAAAACAUCAAAACCACCUAUGGAAUAAGUAGAAGCAGCUGGCAAGGAGAUCCAUGCGUCCCUCAACAAUUUACAUGGAACGGCUUAAACUGCAGCAACACUGAUAUCUCUACACCACCAAGAAUCACUCAUAUAAACUUAUCUUCAAGUGGUCUUAUUGGAACCAUAACUGAUGGCAUUCAGAAUCUCACAUUACUAGAAUCUCUGUAA